UGUUUGAGCUAUCUUAUUCGACUUCCCGUUCCAAACCACGUGUGUUGGCUGUGCUCGCUGCUUGGCAGUUCCUGCGUGUUGAUCUUGUUUGUUAGCUGAGACUGACAUGGCGAGCAAGGGGCACUGCAUCUCUUUCCAGGGGUGCAACUUUUUCAGGCAAAGAAUCGUGUUGUCCACGUUGAGUGGCAGACCGGUGAAAAUCAAGGGAAUCCGAGUAAAGGAUGAGAGCCCAGGGAUCAGGGAUUUUGAAGCAAGUUUCAUCAGAUUGAUGGAUAAAGUAACAAAUGGAUCAAGAAUCGCCAUAAAUGAAACAGGUACUUCUAUAUACUAUCAGCCUGGUCUACUGUUUGGUGGAGCAUUGGAACACGACUGUAAUGUACAGCGCUCUAUUGGCUACUACUUGGAAAGCCUCUUUUGCCUGGCUCCAUUUAUGAAGCACCCAUUAAAGAUCACCCUCCGAGGAGUCACCAAUGAUCAAGUUGAUCCCUCUGUGGAUUCGCUUAAAGCUACAGCCAUCCCAUUACUGAAAAAGUUUGGCAUAGAUGGUGAACACUUUGAGUUGAAAAUAGUCAAAAGAGGGGCUCCACCUGGUGGUGGUGGGGAAGUACUCUUCUCCUGUCCAAUAAGGAAAGUCAUAAGACCAAUUCAACUGACUGAUCCUGGUAAAAUCAAACGUAUCAGAGGUGUGGCAUACUCCGUAAGAGUCUCUCCACAAAUUGCUAACAGAAUAGUAGAGUCUGCCAGGAGUGUUCUAAACAGCUUCCUCCCAGAUAUCUACAUCUACACGGAUCACCUUAAGGGAGCCAAUUCUGGGAAGUCACCUGGCUUUGGGCUGUCCCUGGUGGCAGAAACUACAGAAGGUUGUUUUCUAAGUGCUGAACUUGCAUCAAACCCUCAAGGUCAAGGUGGCAUCGUUCUUCCUGAAGACCUAGGAAAGAAUUGUGCAAAACUGCUUUUGGAAGAAAUUUAUAGAGGAGGCUGCGUAGAUUCAACCAAUCAAAGCUUAGCCCUCCUCCUUAUGACUCUUGGACAGCAGGAUGUUUCCAAAGUCUUGCUUGGACCUUUGUCUCCAUAUACGAUUGAGUUUUUGCGGCAUUUGAGGAGUUUUUUCCAGAUAAUGUUUAAAAUAGAAAGUAAGACCUUUGAAGACGAACGAAAAGGUGCUGAAAAAGUGUUACUAACCUGCGUUGGAGUAGGAUUUUCAAACCUCAGCAAGACUAUAAAAUAAUUUACAAAAACUGCUGCUAAUUUCCUUUUUUCCCUUAGUCAACAUGACCAACAGUUGUGUUAGGUUCUACAAUCAAAUUUCCUGAAAGGAUCGUGGUGCACAUUGGCAUGCACUGAGUGGUACAGAAAACUACACGCUGGACUGUUUUUAUUUGUUGUUUUUUUGUAAGUGGGGGGAAAAAACCUUUAGGGGUUUGUAAGUAGGGAUUGUAAUAAUUAAAAACCCUUUGCUAUC